AGUAGGUGGCGGUAAAUGCACCUAAAGCUGGUUUGCCAACCGCCAUAAAACGUCAAAGAAGAAGAAGAAGAAGAGGUUGCGCGACUGCGCAUGCGCGGUGGUCAGACAGCCAAAAUGGCGGCGAGUAACGGCGGAGGAAUGGAGGUGGACGCGACAGCGAGCCCCAGUGUGAUGGCGUCUGGAGUCACGGGCAGUGUGUCUGUAGCGCUGCAUCCGCUCGUGAUCCUGAAUAUCUCCGAUCACUGGAUCCGGAUCCGCUCGCAGGAGGGACGAGCCAUGCAGGUCGUCGGCGCUCUGAUCGGAAAACAGGAAGGCAGAAACAUCGAGGUGAUGAAUUCAUUUGAGCUGCUGUUUCACACCGUAGAGGAUCAGAUUCACAUCGAUAAAGAGUAUUACUACACUAAAGAAGAGCAGUUCAAGCAGGUUUUUAAGGACAUGGAGUUUCUGGGCUGGUACACGACUGGCGGCACUCCGGACCAAUCAGAUAUCCACAUUCAUAAGCAGGUGUGCGAGAUCAUCGAGAGUCCGCUGUUCCUGAAGCUCAAUCCCAUGACCAAACACACCGACCUGCCGGUCAGCGUGUAUGAAUCUGUGAUUGACAUAAUCAGCGGAGAGGUGAGUGUGUGUGUGUGUGUGAGUCUCAGUUGUGUGUGUGUGUGUGCCAAUUUAGCCCCUCAAACACGCUCCCAAGCUCCCACCUUCGCCCUUGCCCACACCAUUGAUCCUCCUGUCCAAGCCCACCUUUUACCCACCUCAGAUUUGCUCAGCCUCGCCCAUUCCUCACAAAAUCCCGCUCCCAUCCUUCCUCCUCCUACUUCUUUUCCAACUAUCUCCGGAGUGCCCCCCAGCCACAGAACCCAGCGUGAGGCUGCCUCCGCAAACGGUGCCUGCCUCGUCUUUUCCCUGUCAGCCUUCCUCCCUCUAACGUUACUCCAGCCCGUCCUCCGUCCUAUACUCUCUACACGACCGUUCCAACAGCAACUCCUGCUCACGCCAUUGCCAUGGAGCCCCCAUCCGUGUCCAUUCCGCUCCGCACCCAAAUCCUCUCAGAAAUUCAGAUCAUUAGCUCCUCAGGCAGACCAGUCACCCACACCAGUGCCUCCUUAUUCGGACCUGACGUUCCAAAAUAGCAGGGAUUCCCCUUUCCCGGCCCUUCACCUAGCCCAAUGUCUCAAAGCAGGGAAUUCCCUGUCUCACAAUCAUAAAUCCCUCAGUCAUACGGCCAGGACCAACCUCCCGCUUGGGGUGGAGACGGGUGAGGUCCCGUUCAAUCAUGAGAUCCUGCGGGAGGCGAACGCUCUCUGUCACCGUCUGCCGGUUCUCAACACGCUCAAGUUCAAGACGGACUUCUAUGAUCAAUGUAAUGACGUGGGUCUGAUGGCGUACCUGGGAUCCAUCACCAAAACCUGCAACAGCAUGAACCAGUUCAUCAACAAGUUCAACGUGCUGUACGACAGGCAGGGCAUCGGCAGACGCAUGAGGGGCCUGUUCUUCUGAAGCUCCUGCUUCUGUCUCGCAUCUCAAUCUCAUUUCUUUCUGGCCGUUAGCGCUGUUAAUACAAUAAACGUGAUGUCUUUGUGUGAGAUGCCUGUUUAACUUUACCGUCGCAUGUAAAGAUAUCACACACAACCCUCCUGUGAUUUAGGCAGGUUUAUUUCUAUAGUGCUUUAUAAUUUACUGAUUCCUGUUUAUUACUGUGAAAUUCUAUAAUUUCAGCUUCAUCUAUAAAACAGCUCUACAGAAUACAGUAUCAUUAUUCAGUUUUCUGCUCAAGUUAUUUAAGUAUAGAUUUUUUUUUCUGAGAACUUUAUUUCAAGAGGUUGGAAUAAAAUCACAACUUUAUUCACACAG